AUGAGGCCUGGCAGAAAGAACACCUACUCGUACACUUUUCCGAAUCCGAAUCUGGAUUCUCUUAAGGGGUUAGCAAGUCAGAUUACACUGGAUGAGUUGACCAAGUUCAAACAAGAUUAUGGGAGGAUUCUGUACUUCCUCAAGACACCGUUUACCAAGUAUGAAUGGGACGGAGUUCACACUUUGCUCCAAUUCUACAACCCUUCUCUCCGCUGCUUCACAUUUCCUGACUACCAUUUGGUUCCUACCUUGGAAGAAUACUCUUUUUUUCUCGGCAUCUCUAUCAAAGAGCAGAUACCGUAUCAUAGUAUGAUGAAGGCUCCUACUUCUAUUGAGAUUGCAAAGGCUCUUUAUUUGAGCAAAUCAGUUGUGGAAGCAAACCUCAAGGAAAAGGGAAAUUGUCCUGGAUUUCAUUUGGAGUUCUUGGUUCAGAAAGCUUAUGACGCUGUUGUGGCUAAGGAGUGGGACACAUAUGGAGCUCUUCUGGCUCUGAGUAUCUAUGGCAUAGCAAUGUUUCCAAAUGUGGUCAAUUUUGUUGACAUGAAGGUGAUCCAUAUCUUCAUUCUGAAGAACCCGGUUCCUACGCUCCUGGGUGAUGUUUAUCACUCAAUACAUCACAGAAAUGACCGAAAGGGGGGAUUGGUUCAGUGUUGUGCUCCAUUACUGUAUCGUUGGUUUAGGUAUCAUCUUCCUGAGCGCGGCCCUUUCGUUGACAAUAGACAUACAUCAAGAUGGUCUGAUAGAAUCAUGGGGCUGGUAGCCAAAGACAUUGUCUGGUAUAAUAGAUCGUUGGAUGACGUGGAGAUUAUUAUGGGUUGCGGAAAAUUUAAUAAUGUGCCUCUCAUGGGUUUAAGAGGAGGAAUCAAUUACAAUCCCAUCUUGGCUAGAAGGACUUUUGGAUAUGCUUUUGUAAGUCCCCCUGAAGAGAAUGAAGUUGAUGAUGUCAUGUUCUUCCAAUUGGCCACAAAUUCUGGUAAGCUGGAAGAAAUGGUACAAGCCUGGAAAACAGUUCGCCGAAAAGGUAAGAAGCAUUUUGGCCCAAAAUAUUGUGCUACUUAUGAGGCCUACAUUGCAUGGGUGAAGUCUGUGGUUGAAGCUCAAGGGAUGCCUUUUCCUCCUAAGGAUCCCUUAUACCCUCCAUCUGAGGACCAACCCAACAUUGUUUCCAUGCCACGCUACAAUCAAACGGUGAAUCAAAAUAGGGAAUUAACUGAACAAAUGGAAACAAUGCAGGUUAAGAUGGACAUUGCUCGCCAAGAGAAACUGUCCGCGAUACAUAAAUUAAAACAGAAAGAAAAAGAGCUUGAGGAAUUGUAUGCUGGUGGGAAUACCUCUCAGAAAAGAUCCCGAAUCGUUGAUAGCUCUAGAGAAAGAAAGAUGAAGGAGCAAUAUGAGGUUAAAUUGGCAAAGUUGACUGAGCAACUUCAGAUUCAAACUGAGAAGGCUCCUUCAGAAAAAACCCGUCGUCAGAAGGCAAAUAAGAGUCUGCUAGAACAUCAAGAAAAGUUGGAAGCAUGCUAUGCAAAUGAUAGAGAAUUGAAAAGCCAGGUGGAACGCAAAAAUCAAGAGAACACUCAGGCUCAAGAAGAGGCGAGGUACUGGGAGUUGAGAAACCGUCAAAUGGAAGCGAUGCAUGCCAGAAAGGACCUGCUAAUCCAAGCACUCAUCCUGAAACCUAAUCAUGAGGAUACCAAGAUUUUGUUCGAUGAGAUGAAGGCCUGGAGCGAAAAGUAUAUUGGAGAGAGCGCACUUCGUCAUGUUGACAUGGAGGGUCCUCCUUAG